AAGAACUUUGGGAAAAACAAGCUCUAUAUCUUCUUUAUUUUUCUUCUUUGCAUGAUUUUUUUUUGCUCUCCAUUAAAAUUCUUAAUUUAAUAAUAAUGGAGACUAGUGUCACAUGCUGUGCAAGAACAGCAGCUCUUCUCCCAAAUGUUUCUUCUCAACAUUCAACUUCACUUGCUGCUCCAAGGUCUAUUUCUCCUUCAUUCAGCUCCAGGAGUCUGAAAUCAAGCUCAUUAUUUGGGGAAUCACUGCGAGUCGCGCCAAAAUCAUCGAUUAAGGUUUCUAGGACCAAAAAUUCUUCCCUGGUGACUAAAUGUGAGAUUGGUGAUAGUUUGGAAGAAUUUCUUACAAAAUCAACCUCAGAUAAGGGGUUGAUUAGGCUGAUGAUGUGCAUGGGAGAAGCAAUUAGAACAAUUGCCUUCAAAGUCAGAACAGCUUCUUGUGGAGGAACUGCUUGUGUCAAUUCUUUUGGAGAUGAACAACUUGCAGUUGAUAUGCUUGCCGAUAAGCUUCUCUUUGAGGCCUUGAGUUAUUCACACUUUUGCAAAUAUGCUUGUUCUGAGGAAGUUCCUGAGCUCCAAGACAUGGGUGGCCCUGUUGAAGGAGGAUUUAGCGUUGCAUUUGAUCCACUUGACGGAUCCAGCAUUGUGGACACAAACUUCACAGUCGGAACCAUCUUUGGUGUUUGGCCCGGGGAUAAGCUAACCGGGAUCACAGGAAGAGAUCAAGUAGCAGCAGCUAUGGGGAUAUAUGGACCGCGAACUACAUAUGUUCUUGCUCUUAAAGAUGUUCCCGGAACCCAUGAAUUCCUCCUCCUUGACGAAGGAAAAUGGCAACAUGUCAAGGAUACAACAGAAAUUGGAGAAGGAAAAAUGUUUUCCCCUGGAAAUUUGAGAGCCACAUUUGACAAUCCUGAUUAUGCCAAGCUGAUAGAUUACUAUGUCAAAGAGAAAUACACCUUGAGAUACACUGGAGGAAUGGUUCCUGAUGUAAACCAGAUAAUUGUCAAGGAGAAAGGUAUCUUCACAAAUGUGAUAUCUCCAACUACCAAGGCAAAACUGAGAUUACUCUUUGAAGUAGCACCAUUAGGAUUCUUGAUUGAGAAAGCUGGCGGUUACAGUAGCGAUGGUAAACAGUCGGUUCUUGACAGGGUGGUCGUUAAUCUUGAUGAUAGGACUCAAGUUGCUUAUGGUUCCAAGAAUGAAAUUAUCCGCUUUGAAGAAACACUCUACGGAUCGUCUAGGCUUAAGUCUGCUGAAGCAGUUGGUGCUACUGCUUGAGGUUUGCGCGCAACACUGUCAUAAAGUUGUUGGUGAGGAUUUUAUAAUUCCAUUAGGGUACAAAUUAAAGGGAGAUAGGUUAAGAUCCACAAGGCCAAACCUGUGGCAGAAAUGGGAAUCAAACAGUUUCUUUUUUUCUGUAUCUUUUACCUGGUAAGUCUUUGUUUCAUUGGAUCGUGUCUGAAUCUCCUAAAAUGCUGGGAUUUCAACAUAAAAGACGAAAACAACAAAUGUAUCGUAUAAUCUUUUUAUUCAUAACUUUAUGCUGCAGAAAAUGAGGCCGAGGACAGCAAAACA